UUAAUGUAGGGGUGGGAUUGAGCUAAACUCUCUUGCUGCUGCCGGGGUAACGGAGUUUUGGGGUUGUGCGAAAUGUUGCCGGUGGACUACGAACUCCCGCCAUUUUUCAAUCAAGAUUUCGCCCUCCUUGUUUGUUUUCGUGCGUUUUAGAACCCAUCCCACAUCGCCCAGUAUCUACCGGAAGACGUGCGUGGAUCAAGGGCGAGAAGAGAAGGGAAGAGAAAGAGAAAGUGGAGCGAACGUAGCAAGAUCACCAGUGUGAGAAAGCGCGCCAGACCUCUCCGAAUAGCGCCUCCGCUUGUCUCUGCCGCCUCGGGUACCUAGUUAGCUACGAUCGCCGCUUUCCAUACGAUUGCCUCUUCUAGCACCUCUGUCAAAAUCGCUUAUCUUGGAGUCUAAUUUUCAAGUUCCAGAGGUUUUUUCACGUGGUUUGCAUCAAUCCAGGACUAUGGUGACACCGGCUCGAUGGAUAGUUCGCAAAAUAGUAGGCUAGCUAGCUACAUGUGUGUUGUUGUUUUGCAUUGAGGCUCAAGUCAACCGGCUAGCUCUCUGUAUGUAUCCUGAGCACAUUGCGUGUUCGGGGAACUCGUGAUAUACGAAACUGGAAUACGUGCUAAGAUUUUUUGUUUUUAUUGUUCCACAAUUGUGAUCGAGAAGGGGGUUAUUUGUUUUUUCGUCACCUCCUGACCUGCGCUCACGAUGGCACCGUUGUUGGGCCGGAAGCCCUGCCCGCUGGUUAAGCCACUAGCAGAGCCACCAGGCCCAGGAGAAACCAUCUACACCAUCGAGCACACCAAGGAGGCCUUUCGGAACAAAGAGGAGUACGAAGCGCGCUUGCAGCGGUAUGGCGAGCGCAUCUGGACGUGCAAGAGCACCGGCAGCAACCAGCUGACUCACAAAGAGGCCUGGGAGGAGGAACAGGAAGUCACCGAGCUACUGAAGGAGGAGUACCCACCCUGGUUUGAGAAGCCCGUCCUGGAGAUGGUCCAUCACAACACGGUCUCCCUGGACAAGCUGGUGGACCAGGCCUGGGUGGAGAUCCUCACCAAGUACGCCGUGGAUGAAGAGUGCGAUUUCCUGGUUGGGAAGGACAAGAGCCUCCGGGUGCGGGUGGUGAAGGCGCACCCGGUGGAGAAGCCGGAGGAGGACGCCGCCGCCGCCGAGAAGAAGCUGAACGGCGCCUGCGACUCGCCCUCCAGCGACAAGGAGAACGCCGCGCAGGAGAACCAGCGCAAGCAGGCCCCGCCCGAGGAGGAGGAGGGCCGGCGGGACAGCCUCUGUGACCGGGCUCGUCGCUCGCCCAGAAAGCUCCCCACGAACUUCAAGGAGGAGAAGAAGAGAUGGGUCAUGCCGAAAUUUCUGCCGCUCAAGUACGACGUCAAGCUGAUCAACGAAGACAAGGUGAUCAGCAACGUCCCGGCAGACAGCCUCUUCCGCACCGAGCGCCCGCCCAACAAGGAGAUCAUGCGCUACUUCAUCAGACACAACGCCAUGCGCUUGGGCACCGGGGAGAGCGCCCCCUGGGUGGUGGAGGACGAACUGGUGAAGAAGUACAACCUCCCGAGCAAAUUCAGCGACUUCCUGCUGGACCCACACAAGUACUUUGCCGAGAACCUCUCGGCCAAGCGGAAGAGCCUGAGCUCGCCGGACGGCAGACCCGCCAAGAAGCCGAAGACGGCGGCCGCGGAGGGGAACGCGCUGGGCGAGAAGGUGGAGAAAGAGAAGCAGAAGAAGCAGAGGAAGAAGGUCCCGGGCAACAUGCCCCUCAGCCCCAGCAUGUGGGGACCCAUGCAGCAGGUGAAGAAGAUGAACGGCUCUCCUCUGAAAGUCAAGAACUCCGGGACCCCCAAGAGCCCGUGCGCCAGCGGCGACCAGAACAACAGCGACGACGACGUCAUCCUCCUGUCGCCCGGCUUCCCCAAGGGCGCCAAGCCCGCCAAGAAGCCCGGCGACAAGAAGCGGGCGGAGGCCAAGAGGAACAGGAAGAGCGCUAACGCCGCCAGCGCCGCCGCCGCCGCCGGCAAGAGCCUCAACGGCCAGAAGGCCUCCAAGAAGGAGGGGAAGGACGGCAAAACGCCCAAGAUGAAGCAGAUGACCCUGCUGGACAUGGCCAAGCGCCGGUCCACCGCCAGCCCCAAGAAGAGGGCCAAGAGCGCGGGGCCGGGCACGCCCAAGCUGGGCAAGCCCCUGCCGCCCAUGGCCCUCCACCUGCUGCGCUACUACAAGGAGAACAAGGGCAAGGAGGACAAGAAGAGCGCGCUCUCCUCCCUGGUCUCCAAGGCGGCCAAGGUGCUGACGGCAGAGGACCGCGCCCGGCUGCCCGAGGAGCUGCGGGAGGUGGUGCAGAAGCGCUGGGAGCUCCUGGAGCACAAGAGGCAGUGGGCGGCCAUGAGCGAGGAGGAGCGGCAGGAGGUGAUGCGCAGGAAGCGGGAGGAGAUCAAGGAGAAGCUGCGGGAGAAGGCCAAGGAGCGGCGGGAGAAGGAGAUGCUGGCUCGCCGGGAGCUCCAGCGCCGGUUCGAGGACCAGGAGCUGGAGGGGCGGAGCCUGCCCGCCUUCAAGCUGGUGGACACGCCCGAGGGCGUGCCCAACGCCCUGUUCGGCGACGUGGCCAUGCUGGCCGACUUCCUCAACUGCUACGCCGGGCUCCUGAUGCCCGACGACCAGUACCCGGUCACCGCCCCCGCCCUCAUGGAGGCCCUGGCCGCCGAGAAGGGGGGGUUCCUGUACCUCAGCCGGGUGCUGGUGGUGCUCCUGCAGACGCUGCUCCAGGACGAGCUGGCCGAGGGCUACAGCGAGCUGGACAUGCCCCUGUCGGAGAUCCCGCUCACCAUGCACUCGGUGUCGGAGCUGGUGCGGCUGUGCCUGCGCCCGCUGGACGCCCAGGGCGAGGGCGGGUCCUCCGAGGCCUGCUCGCUGGGCGGGGACCCGGACGGCGCCCCCAGCGCCGAGGUCGUUGAGCGGCUGGAGGCGGCCGAGGUGUUCGAGCUGACGCCCGAGGAGAAGGCCCGCCUCCUGGUGGCGCUGUGCCACCGCAUCCUCAUGACGUACUCGGUGGAGGACCACGUGGACGCCGUGCAGCAGCGCUCGGCCGAGCUGUGGAAGGAGCGGCUGGCCACCCUCAAGGAGGCCAACGACCGCAUGCGGGCCGAGAAGCAGAGGCGCAAGGAGCAGAUGGGCGCCAAGGGCGCCGCCGGAGGUUGGGUCAAGGUGGAGGGCGGCGGCGGCGGCAACCCCGCCACCCCGGUCUCGUCCUCCACCACCUCCUCCUCCUCCUCGUCCUCCGGAAAGGCGGACAAGAAGAAGGAGAAGGAGGGCGGCGGCAAGAAGGACGCCGCGGGCAAGGCCAAGCCGGAGCCCAAGCCCGAGCCAGAACCGGAGGACAUGAUCAGCACGGUGAAGAGCAGGAGGCUCCAGUCCAUCCAGGCCAAGAAGGAGAAGGAGGAGCAGGAGAGGCAGAACAAGGAGCGGAUGGAGAAGGAGGCGGAGGAGGAGCGGGUGAGGAAGCAGAAGGCCGCCGCCGAGAGGGCCUUCCAGGAGGGCAUCAAGAAGGCCAAGCUGGUCCUGCGCCGCGUGCCGCUGGGAACGGACCGCAACCACAACAGGUACUGGCUCUUCUCUGAUGUGGUUCCCGGGCUGUACAUAGAGAAGGGCUGGGUGCACGAGAGCAUCGACUACAGCUUCAGUCUGCCCCCCGAGGAGGUGAAGAAAGAGGAGGCGGAGCCCGAGGCGCCGGCAGAGGCGGAGAAGGAGGAAGAGUGCGAUGGGGAGAACAGCCUGAGCGAUGAAGGUCAGCAGGGAGCGCUGGCUGUCCCGGAGACCCCCAUCGAAAGGACCACCCCGAAACAGGGGCAGAACCUCUGGUUUGUGUGUGACACGCCGCGGGAGCUGGAGGAGCUGAUGGAGAGCCUGCACCCGCAGGGAGUGAGAGAGAGCGUGCUCAAGACCAAGCUGCAGUACAGGUACCAGGACAUCCUGCACUCCAUCCACCUGGCGCGCAAGACCAACCUGGGCCUGAAGACCUGCGACGGGCACCAGGAGCUGCUCAAGUACCUGCGCAGCGACAUCAUCGAGGUGGCGUCUCGCCUGCAGAAGGGCGGCCUGGGGUACAUGGACGACACCUCGGAGUUUGAGGAGCGGGUGCGUUCCCUGGAGAACCUGAAGGAUUUCGGGGAGUGCGUGAUCGCCCUGCAGGAGAGCGUGAUCCAGAAGUUCCUGCAGGGCUUCAUGGCGCCCAAGCAGAAGAAGAAGAAGCCGAGCGGGGAGGAGAGCAGCAAGGCCGAGGAGGUGGACGAGGAGAAGAGGCUGGCGGCGGAGGCCAAGGUGGCGACGGCGGUGGAGAAGUGGAAGAGCGCCAUACGGGAGGCGCAGACGUUCUCCCGCAUGCACGUGCUGCUGGGCAUGCUGGACGCCUGCAUCAAGUGGGACAUGUCCGCGGAGAACGCGCGCUGCAAGGUGUGCCGCAAGAAAGGAGAAGACGACAAGCUGAUCCUGUGUGACGAGUGCAACAAAGCCUUCCACCUGUUCUGCCUCCGCCCCGCGCUCUACUCCAUCCCCGAGGGGGAGUGGCUGUGCCCCGCCUGCCAGCCCGCCGUGGCCCGCCGAUGCACCAGGGGGCGAAACUAUAACGAAGACUCUGAGGAAGAGGAAGAUUCAGAGGAGGAAGAGGAAUCGGAUGAGGAGGAGGAAGAUGAGGAGGACGAGGAGAAUAAUGAUGACAAUGAAUUUGGACACUAUUUGAGGUCGCGGAAGGCUAGCAAGGGCAAGCGCUCGUCCUCACGCCCCAAACCCGCCCCCAAGGCGCCCCCCAAGAAGGCCACCCCCCCGAGUUCCAGGGCCGGCCGGCAGAAGGGGUCCCCCGGGAGCCCCCCCGACAGCGAGGAGCCGCCCAGCUCCAGGCGCCGGGUGAGCAGACAGGAGCAGGACCUGGGGAAGUGCGAGGAGGUCCUCAACAAACUGAUCAAGUUCCGCUACAGCUGGCCCUUCAGGGAGCCGGUGUCUGUGGAGGAGGCGGAGGACUACCUGGACAUCAUCUCCAACCCCAUGGACUUCCAGACCAUGCAGCGCAAGUUCUCCGAGGGCCAGUACCGGCACAGCAGCGACUUCCUGGAGGACAUGAAGCUGGUCUUCUCCAACGCCGAGGAGUACAACCAGCCCGGCAGCGCCGUGCUGGGCUACAUGGCCAAGACCGAGCAGCACCUCGUGGAGCUGCUGCACCGGCUGGCCCCGGGCCUGGGCUACCUGCGCCGCCGCGCCCGCAAGUGGGCGGAGCCAGAGCCCCGCCCGCAGAACGGCAAGCGGAAACGGACCGCCAAGCGGGACGAGGAGGAGGAGGAGGAGGAUGAAGAAGAAGAGGAGGAGGAGGGGGGCAGGCGCCAGAGCGCGCGGAGCAGGAGGCAGAAGUACGAGGAGAGCGAGGAAGAUGAGGAGCAGGAGGAGGAGGAGGAGGAGGAUGGGGGGGGCCGCCCGCGGAGGACGAGCAGGCGCACGGCCGCAGGCUCCGCCCCCCGGGGUUACCGCGAGCAGGAGAGCGACAGCGAGCGCGAGGAGGCGGAGAGCAGGCGGGCGGGGCGGCGGCGGAGGCGGAGGGGGAGGGGGGGAGCGGGCGACGGGGAGCACAGCGACGAGGACAGGGCGGGGCCGCGGCACUCCAAACGCCAGCGACUGUCCCGCUGAGGAGCGUCCCGCGGGGAGAGGGGCGCGGCCGGCGUCCCCGUCCUUUCCGACGCUCGUUCAGGAACUCUAUCUGCUUUCGCUCCAAACGGACACCUCCAGGGCCCCGCCCCCUGCCCCUGCCCCUCCCCCAGAUUAUCAGACUUCAUUUUAUGUUCAUAUUUUGAGAAAAAAAAAAUUUGGUAUUUGUAAGGUGUUUAUUACUGGUGAAAAUUUUUUCAAAUAAGAGAAGAAAAAAAAAAGUAUGUUUUAGUAUUGAAGAUUUUGAGCUCUUAUAGGAUUUAAUUUGAGAACUGUUAUCAGUGCGAUUAAAAGCGGAACUCUUUGCAGUUUUAGUUUGUCACCCUGGCCAGUGUUUGACGUGGACGUCUUUGUUUAAGCCGCUAAAGAACAAGCAAGGUUCUGGGAGAGGGGGGGGUCGGCAGGGAGGGAGGGGGUGUCGAGGGGGGGCAUUGACAGCUGUGUGGAGAGAGAUUUGGCAGCUGUGGGAUGAACUGUGGUGAUUUUUUAUUUUUACUCUUUUUUUUGUUUGUUUUUUGUUUCCACGGGACACCGAGUCAUCGUCCCGUGGCCCCGGCUCCUCUGGGGGGGCGAGAGCGACACACCAACAGGAUUCGUCUUUUCAAAAAAAAAAAAAAACAACAAAAAAUAAAAAAUAAAAAGAAAAGAAAAAAGAAAAUUUCUAAUUCUAACACAUUCAGGUUCUUCAUUCUAUAUGCAACACGACGUCUGUAACUGCAGCUCUACAGAUAUGCAAGGGGGUUUCAUAACUCGUAGGAAGGGAACAACAGGCCGAGCGUCCGGCCACAGCACAACUUCUCAGCAUUCGGGGACUCCGGUGUCUGAUUGGUCCAACGUUCAGGUGGGGGGGGGCGUCGGCCUUCCCCGAUGCUCCGCCCCUUUGUCUCGGAGUGACAGGUGGCACCACUCCUACCGUAGCGUGGCGCCCCCUUUUUCUGUGUACUUUCCUAGCAACGAGCGAAGAGGGGGUGGCCAAGUUACCCCCCCCCCCCUUCAGCUGCACUACCUCUUGUGUAUAGUGAUCAUAAGCAGUGCGGGGGGCGGGGGGGCAAUGCACUGCUCAGGAGUCUCUUGCUACAUUUCUAUUUAACAGUUAGCAUCCGGUUGCAUUUUUUCUUGGUCUGGGCGCAUGAAAAAGUGUCGACCUGGAUGGAUGUGUAAAAGACAAAUGUAUGUAUAUAUGAAUAGACUUUUUGUUUUGCAAAAUUUGGAUGAGUUUAUAGGCAGGGUUUAAGCCUUGUCCUGGAAAAUAUAGAACUGACGGCAAGUAAAAAUGCAUUCUGUGCAUUGGUGCAUUAUAUACCAGCUCUGUACUGAUGCAGUAUAUACCAGCUCUGUACGGGUGCAGUAUAUACCAGCUCUGUACGGGUGCACUAUAUACCAGCUCUGUACGGGUGCAGUAUAUACCAGCUCUGUACCGGUGUAGUACAGACUCAGGUCAGCAAGGACACGGUAGACUAGCUGCAGCUAUGUGCUAUGUGGCGAUUUCCCCACAGUUUAGUUACUAAAGAACACAAAUUCCCCUCUGUUCCCUGUGGACUGCGUGGGUGGACGGCUUCAAGGCUAGUUCAUCUGGUCAAAUUCCAUAACCCAAACUGACAGUUGCCAAAACCUCCUUAAAAUCCAGUUGUCAUCCGCGGAAUAAAUAUUUGUAAAUGGGCGAAAAUGGCGCCUUUCUAUUAUUAAUAUUCCAAAGUGCAGUACGCUUGCUUGUUGCAAAAAUAUUUUGCUGAGGUUAGAGUAGAAUGUUUUGAUCAGUAUGUUACAGGUAAUGCUUAACGCUUUAUUAUUUUCUUUUUUUUGCUUUGCAUUAAACUUGGGCAGAAUCUGUCACAGCUCUUUCCAUUUCCUACCUGUGCGCAAAAAAAUGAUGCAGUUCCGUCUGCCACCAGCAGGUGCUGCUCUUGUUUUGCGUUUUUGAUGAAGAGCUGGCGCUUGGAGCAGAGGUCCGUACCAGUCUUGUCUACAGGCUGCCUCCUGUUUCAGCAUCUCCUGCCUGGUCAGUUUGCCAUCUUGGCUCGCUCUGUCCUCCGCUAUAGGGAGGAAGAAGAGGCAGCAUCUGACGCAAAGCGUCAACUCCCCCGUCGUAUCUGGAAUUAGCCAUUUAGCAUCUUCAGUCGCUGCCCCUGGCAACAGAAACGUGGCUAGCGCCGAUGUGUGCAGGGAAGUGCACGUGGUGCUAAUUUUGGAGAGGGUGUCAUGGUUCUGUCCAAAGUGCAGAGUGUGCGUGUUCGUGGUUCGUGUUGGUCCUGUGCUGUAUUGUACAGUGUAGUAGAACACCUUGGGGAGCCAUGCGUAUUUUCCCUCCGAUCCUGCGAAGUCGCCAGUCGCCCUCACUCACUCGUCGCCGUGGCGACUGCGCCGAUCGCCGUAGCGACUUGACCCGCUUGGGUACUAACGGAUUAUUACUGACGGGAUCCAGAAUCUACCUUUUUAAAAAUACAAUUAAAAAAAAAAGCUCUUGACUAUCAGAGCCAUCCGGUUACAGGCUGGCUGUCUGCUGUACAUUUUCAAAUCUUUGUUUACUAGGUCUCAAGGUCAGUGACAGUUCUGGGUCGUUUUUUCCGGGGUUUUUUGUAAUAAGCUCAGAGUGGAAUGGCGAUGGAAACCGUGGAGGCUCCUUCGUGAUUCCAAAAUAAGAACUUGUUUGCAUCUCAGAUUUCUUUGUAAAAAUCAGCAUCCCAACCAUCACUGCCAACUUUUAUGUAUUGGGACGCACUUGUAGUCGAGGGAUUGGAAGUGUUUCUUUCUCUCCCGCUCCCUCCCUCCCUCCACCUCCCCUUUUUAAUAAAAAAACAUUCUUAAUGUACAA